GUUGAUCUGUGUGGAAGUUUGAACAGCGCGGCGGUUAAAAACAGCAAAUCAUUCAGAUCAGAUUAGUGGUGAUAAAAGAGCUUCAUCACACUGCAGAAGAAGCUUCCAGCUGAAGCCAUGUCCUCUAACAGGGCGCCUCCCUCGGUGAGGUUAGAUCGAGCUCCACUGCGUGAUGUACAGAAUGAAAGAUCAGAGCAGCAGAACCACCACUCUUCACCCGCUGCUAAAACUGACCCACCGCCGAACAGGAGCGGCGCUCAGGCUACGCAGAAGGAAAACCUUCCAGCUUCAUCCAUCACCACGAGCGAUCAUAAAUCCUUCACAUGUAUCGGAGGGGAGCUGGAUAUAUCCAACACAUCCGUAACCUCAGAUCACUCUCUUCUCAUCAAGGAACUCGUCUCUUCCAAGGUUCCUCAAGCUCUCAAUUUCACAACCGAACUCGAAGAAGAACCAGAUCAUCCAUACUGCAGUCGCACCUCAGUCCAGCCUCAGCCUGCAGACCUCACCUUCGGGUCCUUCACGUGUCCAGGAGGAGAAGUUCAGAUCUCAGAAUCGAUCGUUGCAGAAGGUCCAGAACCGGAGAUGAAAGAUCUAGAACUGGAGAACCCAUCAAACAGUCUCGGAGAAGAUCCUGAGGAACACGCUGAGCUUCCAAGUCGUCACUUUGAUCAUCUGUACUGCCGUGAAUCGUCUGACCCAACGAAGAUCAGCGAUGACGCUGGAGACGUCACCUUCAAGUCCUUCACCUGUCCAGGAGGAGAAGUUCAGAUCUCAGACCUUUCCCUCGGACCUGAUGAGUCCAUCAUCGCUGAAGGUCCACGACAAAGUAUCGAAGAUCAGACGUCUGAUCAUCCGUACUCCUGCCAACCAGCCGAGGAACCCAAAAAGGCGUUAAACAUCACCUUCAAGUCCUUCACUUGUCCAGGAGGAGAAGUUCAGAUCACUGAUGAGUUGCAUGAACAAGAAGAAUCUGUUAUUGCUGAAGGUCCAGGGCUGGAGAACUCACCAACCAGUCUUGGAGAAGAUCUUGAGGAACACACGGAACUCCCAAGUCGUCAUUUUGAUCAUCUGUACUGCCAUGACCCAACGAAGAUCGAUGUUAGCUCGGUCAGUGGUGCACCUACGUCCACCAGCGCUGGAGACGUCACCUUCAAGUCCUUCACCUGCCCAGGAGGAGAAGUUCAGAUCACUGAUGGAACACUCGUCCAAGACCAGUCAGGAUCAAUUAUUGAUCAGGGACCAGAACCUGAAAUUAAAGAUCCAGAUCUGGACAAUCUCUCCAGAACUCUUGAUGAUGAGAUUCCUGAGGAACACGCAGAGCUUCUCGAUGCUCAUCAUGAUCAUCCUUACUUCCAUCCCGAGACGUUGUCUGCUUCUGAAGGUCAUGAGUGUCCUGGUGAAGGUCCUGGCACCUCCACUAGUGGUCUUCCAAAUGCAGGGGAGCUACAAGAUGACGUAGAAUGUAGUGGGAGCUCCAAUAGUUCUUCCAACCUGAUGGAUCCAUGUGCCGUCUCAUCAAUGGAGCAGCAAGAUUUUCCAAAUCUGCCGGCUCCAAGAUCUUCCACCGAGAUCGUCUCAUGUAGUGAUAAUGUCAGCACUGGAGGUGACCUUCCAAACCUGGUGAACCCAGAAGCUUCUGUUACCAUGGAGGGUCAAGAGAACGUUCAAAAUUCUGCAGGUCUCAACACCACCACACCAACUAAAGGUCAACAGAUCAUCCUGAGUAGCGCUCUGGUCCAAAAACUUGAAGGUUCUGCUACAGUGGAACAAAACGACUCCACUGUUUAUGGUCACGUCACAGAUCUUUCGAGAUCCACAGUAACAGAGAGCCGGGAAGAUCUCUCACCUGGUGGUUGUGUCCAAAAUCUGGAGAAUCCGAAGGCCUCCUCAGGAACGGAGUGUCCAGAAGACUUUGCUCUUAAUGCUGAACCUAAUGCAUGCCUUAUAAUUCUGGCAGGUUCACCAGCCUGUGCAGAAUUGGAGGUUCCAAAGGGUGUGAUGUUCUGCUCUCCUGGAGAUGAAGCUGACAUUGAGACCUACAGGACGUCUGAGAACGUCUGUGGAGGAACUGGUGGUGGAAUCGAUCAGCGUCUUUAUUCUAACGUUGAGAAAAAGGAUGAGUCUGAGCGUUCAGAGGAAAGUUCUGCUCAUUUAAGCUCUUCGUCUGGUUCUUCUGGUGAUUUGGGACCACCAGAAGGUCCAGAGAUGAAUACUCAAGUUUAUGCUGGUGCUCUGAAGAAUACAGAAAGUUCCUCAGAUGGCACAGAGCUCCACAUUGGGACUGCGGAGUCACAAAUUGCUAAAACUGAUGAAAAUGCAGCUCCUGGAGGCGACGUCAACCCUCAGAAGAUACCAGAUCAAGAAGAAGCACUUUUAAGUGGUGCUCAAUCAUCUUGUUACCAUGAUAAGGCUGAAGCAACUUCUCAAAACCUCCAGUCCGGGUUGGAAGCCGAGAACAUGCAGAACGUUUCUGAGGUCCACAGCGCCGCUGAGCUCAUGCGCUCUGAAGCUGUGGAUCUCCAAACCCAGAUGAAGAUCUGGAGCGAGAUCAUCCUCUCGGAACCCUCGACCCCUCAGUGCUCGGCGUCCGGACACGUCUGGCUCCCGGAGAGCCCCAUCCCUCCACCGCAGCUCAACUCCACCGAGCUGGGCGUGGCUUUAACCCCUAAACCAGAACGGAGGGUCACCAUGGACUUCUCCAACGUUGGGAAAGGUCCUCUCCAGGACCAGCUCAGGAAAAUGGCUGAGCUUCUCAUCGCCGCGUCGGGGAAGAUAGCGGCUCCGCCCGCGGUGGUGCCGGCGCUGCAGCAUAACGCCUGUGUGGGGACGUCGCCGGCGGCACAGCGGGAACGGAGCACCAACACGUCUGUCGUCAUGGAGGAGAAGGUGGAGGUCCAGGUCUCAGAUGCCUGCACCUCGACCGAUUCUCUGCUCUGGAGCGUGAGUCGCAGCAGUGUUGAGUCUCUAUCUCGCCCCGAGCUGGAGCAGAAGCUGAUCUCCACCCUCAUCAUGGUGGAGGUCCUGUCCCAGCAGCUCACCCCGGCCCAAAACCAGAACCUCCGCGCCAGAACCGCGCCCAACCCGUCCGACAUCAGAGACCGGCACGUCCAGACGGAGCGCACGGAGCUCAGCCAGAUUGAGCCGUAUAAAGAUCUGUAUCUCACCGCACUACAGCAAAUCCAAACCCUCCAGCAGGACGAAGAAACUCUUCACGGUUUACACCAGAACAUGCAGCUCACACAGGGCACUAUGAUGAACGUUAAAGCAGAUACGGACGAAGCUCUCAGCAGCAUGAAGAACAUCAAACACGUCGUGGAUGAUGAUCAGAAGAUCCUCUCUCAACAGAUGGUGCAGAUGAAGGCUCUGUACCAGCGCUGUAUGGACACCCUGAAGAAGAUGGAGCAGAAGAACAGAGCGUGUGUGAAGGACAGGGAUGAUAUGAAGAUGAAGAUGGAGGAAGCUCUGGAGCAGAAGGCUACGGUGUUACGAGUGCUGGAGCAGCUGCGUUCCCAUCACACAGAGCAGAUAUCUGAUCUCCAGCGCAGCCUCGGAUCCCACCAGGAGCUCACAGCGUCACUCACUCACACCUACCCACAACUGGUGGGACUGAACAAGAUGUACCUGGAGUCUCUAGCCGGCGCUAACACACUGCUGAGAGAGAAGCUGGAGGAUCACACGGGGCUUUCUGAGGAGCUGUAUGAAGCUCGGCGGCUCCUCCGGAGGACGAAUCCGGUAGUGCAGAACCUUCAGCGGAGAGCGUCAGCGGCUCUACAGCAGAGCCAGAGACACCAGGAGGAGAAAGAUCACGCUCUGGAGGAGAAAGAACAGAUGGAGAAGCAGCUGGAUGAAGCUCAUUCGAGUCUGGAGGAAGCUGGUCAGCAGAUAGCAGAUCUGAACACACAGAUAACCAUCCUGAGUUCAGAGAUGGCGGUUCUGCGUGAGCGGCUGGGCGAGGCGGAAGGAGAACGUGCUCAACUGCAGAGGCAGACGACCGAACUCUCGGCCACAGUCUCGUCCACUCUGGCCUCGUACGCCUUCCUGGAACAAGCGCUCACCUCCGAGACCACCAAACUGCAGCGCUCACUUCACCAGAUUCAGGAGGCCACAGAGAGAGCAGAGAGUCUGCAGGAGGCGCUGCAGGCGUCUGAGCGGCGGGUGGAAGAGCUGGAGCAGGUCCUGGCGCUGAAGGAGAACCUGCUUUCUAAAGUGAGCGCUGAAGCCGAGACCCAGCGCCUGCAGCUGCGCAGACUCACGCAGAUCCAGGGUGAACUCCUGAACACCCGCGAGAUGACGGAGUUCCUGCAGGCGGAGAACGAGCUGACCCGAGAACAGUUAGCUGAGAGUGAAGGGUUGCUGCGUUCACACCUACAGGGGCUGAGAGAGAGAAAUCUGGAGUGUGAGGAUCUCCGGGUGGAACUGAACCAGCUACGGACGGAGAGAGACUCUCUGCAGCAGGAGUUGAUCAGUACUCGUGAUAAAGCUCGUCUGAUGUUGUUGGAUCAGGGAGAGCAGCUCGCUCAGGCCACGCUGGAUACAUCAUUACUGCUACAGAGAGUGGGUGCCGUCAUCAAGAACUGCAGCCCUGACCAGAGCUCUGAUCCUCCUCGUCUCCCUCAGUCCUCCUUCGUCACCUCAGUUAUUCAAGCACUGACUGAGGAGCAGCCCUCUGAUACACCUACAGAUGCAGUGGCUUCUGUAGAGGAAGAGGACCUGAUUGAGAGCAUCGGCGGCAGGAGCAGCGCCUUCACACGCAUCGCUCCUUCUGAACCCCAGAACACUGAUGGGAACCAGCGCACCACUCUGCUGGAGUUGUUGGCGUCUGUGGGUGAGAGUGUGUCAGAGCUUCAGUCGGCCGUCGAGCAGCUCGAAGUACACAAGGACUCUGAGAUACACAACCUGCACAAAAACAUCGCUGACCUGCAGGAGGCACUAGAGGCCGAGUCCCAGCAGCACAGGGCUGAAGGUGCAGAGCUGAGACAGCAGGUGGAGCGUCUCAGAGCUCAGCUGGAGAAAGAGGCUCAGGUGCUGCAGCAGAAAACCCAGGAUGAGAAAGCUCUGAGGAGGCUGUGCAGUGAUCUGGAGGAGAAACUGGAGGCAGCACAGAAACAUCGAGCAGAAAACAACGAGCUGCGCAGGGAGGGGGCGGAACUGCGGCGGGCGCUGCAGCAGUCUCAGGUGGAGGUGCAGGCUCUUAGGGCGGAGAUAAACAGAUCAGCUGACCAAUCGACAGCCAGCACGAAGGUCCUGGACGACAGGAUCCGCCUACUCAGAGAGGUGGAGAAACUGAAGGCCAGUCUGAUGGAGGUGGAGGAAUCCAGAGCUAAACUGCUGGAGAGAGCGAAGAGACACCAAAUGGUUCACGCGAUGAAUCAGACGAAGCUGGAGCGAGAGCUUCACAUGCUGGACGACAUGAUUGAAGCUGUGAGGAAGGCUCUGUCGUCAGUUCCAGAUGUGGUGAACAGCUGCCCCGAGCUUCAGAAGCUGGUGGAAUUCCUCGGAUGAGCGAAACGAGAAUCUGAUACACACGUCCCAACUUAUUUUAAUCCGAAUUUAAUAACUUUGCUAAUAAAAUCUCUUUGAUGUAAAAA